AUGGGGGAGCGGGUAAUGAAGGAAGGAAGCAGUAAUAAAAACACCGAUUGCGAGGAAGAGAAUGCGCUCCGCACCUCUCCAUCCCCGCACGCACAGAAGGGCCGGGUGAAGGAACUUGUUCUUGACAACUGUAGGUCAUACGAAGGCAAAAUUGAAGGCCUCACAGAUGAGUUCGAAGAGCUGGAAUUCUUGAGUACAAUCAACGUAGGCUUAACCUCAGUUGCAAACUUACCAAAGUUAAACAAACUUAAGAAGCUCGAACUAAGUGACAACAGAGUCUCAGGAGGACUGGAAGUGUUGGCAGAAAAGUGUCCAAACCUCACGCAUCUAAAUCUAAGUGGCAACAAAAUAAAAGAUCUUGGUACAAUAGAACCUCUGAAAAAGUUAGAAAACCUGAAGAGUUUAGAUCUUUUCAAUUGCGAGGUAACCAACUUGAAUGAUUAUAGAGAAAACGUAUUCAAGCUCCUCCCACAACUCACAUACCUCGAUGGCUACGAUCGGGAUGACAAAGAAGCACCAGACUCUGAUGCAGAGGGCUACGUGGAGGGCUUAGACGAUGAGGAGGAAGAUGAAGAUGUGAAAGAUCGGGAUGACAAAGAAGCACCGGACUCUGAUGCAGAGGGCUACGUGGAGGGCUUGGACGACGAGGAGGAAGAUGAAGAUGAAGAGGAGUAUGAUGAUGACGCUCAGGUAGUAGAAGAUGAAGAGGAUGAGGAGGAAGAAGAGGAAGGAGAAGAGGAGGACGUAAGCGGAGAGGAAGAGGAGGACGAGGAAGGCUAUAAUGAUGGUGACGUAGAUGAUGAUGAAGAUGAAGAAGAGCCCGAUGAAGAACGGGGACAGAAGAGGAAACGAGAACCCGAAGACGAAGGGGAUGAAGAUGACUAAACUGAAUAACCUAUUUUGAAAAUUUCCUAUUGUGAUUUGACUGUUUUUACCCUGUAUUUCCCCUCCCUACCCCCCCAACCU